AUGCUUCCAUAUCACUGUCUUUUCGCACUCUUUUUGUUGUUGUUCUCCCAACAUGUGUACGGUGGGAAUGCAUGCAAUGGCCACGAAUCAUUAUGCAGUCAACCCUUUAACAAUGUCACUUUUCUGGUUACACAUGACUCUUAUGCGCACGGACCCAAUCUUGCAUCCACGCAGGUCAAGUCAAUUACCCAACAACUUGAUGAUGGUGUACGCGGCCUAAAGUUCUCUGCAGUGAUGCAUAAACAAAAGGUGCAUCUUUGCCAUACAACCUGCACCAUUUUGGACGCUGGCCCAGCAACCGAUAUUCUCAACCACGUCGCCAAAUGGCUCGAGUCUCACCAAGAUCAAAUCAUUACCAUCAUGUGGAACAAUUUGUACGACAUUAAUGUUGCUCACUUGGCGGAAGCAUACAAAGCUAGCAACAUCAUGCCAAUGGUACACGUGCAAGAACCAGGGAAGCCAUGGCCAACGCUACAAGAAAUGGUUGAUUCCAACAAGAGGGUUGUCAACUUUUUAGAUUCCAAGGCUGAUGCAUCUGCUGUACCAUGGCUACAUGACCAAUAUACUUAUGUCUUUGAGACACCUUACGACAACAAGGAUGCAAAUGGAUUCACAUGCGUUAUUGAUCGUCCACAAAGUCCUCCUAACCCACAAGACAUGAUGUAUGUCAUGAACCAUUUCCUGUAUGGGGUCAUUCGUGUCGGCAAGGAAAUCGAGGUACCCCAACUCGACAAGGCUUCAGUCACCAACGGCAUGGAUUCUUUGUCGAAGCAUGCUGAUGAUUGUCAUCGUGCAUUUGGGAGGAAACCUAAUUUUGUUGAAGUUGACUUUUACGAUCAUGGAAAGGCUUUACAAUUUGUCGCGAUGUUGAACAAUAUCUCUAUCGAUGCCGAUACAAAGCAACCGGGGUUACCUUGGCCAAGUAACUUGCCUCAUAUAAAUGAGAUUCGAUCAAGGCUGCUCCCUCUCCCUUCAGUGCCACACAUUGUGAUCGAAAACGGUGGCAGUAGUGGGUACCCUGCACAUCACAUUUCACUUUUAUGUACCACAUUGCUCGCAUUCAUUUUCAUUUUUCUCUUUUGA